CAAACAGGGCAUGAAAAGACUAAUAUGACUAACGGAGCUUAGAAUUGUGGUACCCUUAUUUGGAUCUACAGGAAUGUAGAAUUUAGCAGUUCUGCAGCUCUGCCAGCCUUUUUCCUGACACUGGAGUUGUUAUUCACAAAGUAGAAUCCUUCUGCUUUGUGCUAGGAAGGAUAGAAAAAGAACAUGGCCUGCAUUUUGAAGAGAAAAUCCAUUGUUGCAGUUAGUUUCAUAGCAGCAUUCCUCUUCCUGAUCAUCGUUCGUCUCACAAAUGAAGUGAACUUCCCUUUGAUAUUAAACUGCUUUGGACAAACAAGUGUCAAAUGGAUACCAUUUUCCUACACCCAAAGACGGACUCUCAGAACCCACUAUGGAUAUAUAAAUGUGAAAACUCAAGAGCCUCUACAAUUGGACUGUGGCCUUUGUGCCAUUGUUUCAAACUCGGGUCAGAUGGCUGCCCAGAAAGUGGGAACUGAGAUUGACCAGUCCUCCUGUAUAUGGAGAAUGAACAAUGCUCCUACCAAGGGCUACGAGGAGGAUGUUGGGAAGAGGACAACAAUAAGAGUGGUCUCUCACACCAGUGUGCCCCUGUUGCUCAAGAAUCCGGACUACUUUUUUAGGGAAGCCAACAGCACAAUCUAUGUCAUCUGGGGGCCUUUUCGGAACAUGAGAAAAGAUGGCAAUGGCAUUGUGUACAACAUGCUGAAGAAAACUGUUGACAGCUACCCCAGUGCCAAAAUCUAUGUGACAACAGAAAAGCGCAUGAGUUACUGUGAUGCUGUAUUUAAGGAGGAGACAGGAAAAGACCGAGUCCAGUCAGGUUCAUAUCUCAGCACUGGUUGGUUUACCUUAAUUCUGGCUAUGGAUGCCUGCUAUGGAAUUCACGUCUAUGGGAUGAUAAAUGACACCUACUGCAAGUCAGAAGGCUUUCGAAAAGUUCCUUACCAUUACUAUGAGCCAGGAAGAGAUGAAUGUGAUGAAUACUUUCUGCAUGAAAAUGCUCCCUAUGGAGGCCAUAGGUUUAUUACUGAAAAGAAAGUAUUUGCUAAGUGGGCCAAGAAGCACACAAUAAUAUUUACGCACCCCAACUGGACAGUGUCUUGAUGCUGGUUCCUUUGGUCCUCCUUUAGUAGCAUAAUAUUACAAAAUUGACUCAGUUUACACUGAUUUUGCUUACAUCUGACUGGACUUUCUCAGACUACCUGCCGAAUAUAAAACUGAAAAAUUAGAUGAUGAUUCAGCUGUUAAGCAAAGUUUACCAGUCUGUGGAAGGCAGAUGAGUUUCUUGCUUUAUCUCUUAGGGCUUCACACCACAUAAUGCACUUUAUACUUUAACUGGAUUUUAAUUCAAGACAAUGGCAGUUUUAAGAUGACAGUGGUUUUGUGUUAUACAUGUUUAUGCACGCAGAAUGGUGGCCCUUUAAUCUGGUCAAUUGCCUUAGAUAAUUAAAAUGAAUAUCUGCAGCCAGUGAACCUCAAGGUUUGCAGUACAAACAGCAAUUUUCUAUAAGGAAAUGCAAGGAAACAUAGGAAAUUCUGAGGUAACUAUGUAUAGUAAUCUUAUAUAUGACUAGAAAAAUUUUAAGGACCACCAAAGUGUGUGUGUGUGUGUGUGUGUGCACAUUGACAUGCACCUGAACA